AUGCUCCAAAGACUCGCCCAGCUGAAUGUUGACGCGAGCAAACAGAUAUCGAGCCUGGAGCUUUUCAUGUGGGGCGGACCCGGGGUGCUCGACUACUGCAGCGAGGCUCACAAGAACCCACGGUUUGAUCCCCUUGCGCACAUGUUGACCACCACGGCCGAGCUCGGCAACAUCGUUGAGGAGUUCAUGCCGCUGCAUACCAGCGUGCCAAAGGCGGCCGACAGCCUCACCAUGCCCAUUGCGCUCUUGUGCGUGUCGUGCUACCUGCAGCUGCUGCACAUCUUUGACUUCACCUUUGGCCGUGUUCAUAAGCUUUUGAGCAGCGUCCCGGAUAUCGACCAGUUCUUCGAUCAGGCACCCAAGUUUACGCUUCACCCGGGCUUGCCCCCCGUAAAGGGGCGGUUCUACCUCAAGAUCAUGGUGCAGACGAUUAAGCAUCAGCUGGGUAAUGUUGAACAGCUCCUGCGUCUUCCUCCGGGGACAUCUGUUAUAGGGAGAUCUGUACCCGAGUACGGUUUUUGUGUAUCGACGAUAUUCCAUAUUGCAAUGGAGCAGAGUCGCGACAUGUCCAAAAGAACGACUGGUGUGAUGGUGGAGUCUAUAAAACGCAACAUAGAUUAUAUCUCGAGUUUUGCAGCAGAAUAA